AAAGAUUUAGAUGCACUAUUGUAAAGUGGCUGUUCCACUGGAUGUCUUAAGGUGAACGCACCAAUUUGUAAGUCGCUCUGGAUAAGAGCGUCUGCUAAAUGACUUAAAUGUAAAUGUGAAAUGUUCUACAGUCAUAGUUGAUGUGAAAUGUUCUACAGUCAUAGUUGAUGUGAAAUGUUCUACAGUCAUAGCUGAUGUAAAAUGUUCUACAGUCAUAGCUGAUGUCAAAUGUUCUACAGUCAUAGCUGUUGUAAAAUGUUCUACAGUCAUAGCUGAUGUAAAAUGUUCUACAGUCAUAGCUGAUGUAAAAAGUUCUACAGUCAUAGCUGAUGUAAAAAGUUCUACAGUCAUAGCUGAUGUAAAAAGUUCUACAGUCAUAGCUGAUGUAAAAUGUUCUACAGUCAUAGCUGAUGUAAAAAGUUCUACAGUCAUAGCUGAUGUAAAAUGUUCUACAGUCAUAGCUGAUGUAAAAUGUUCUACAGUCAUAGCUGAUGUAAAAAGUUCUACAGUCAUAGCUGAUGUAAAAUGUUCUACAGUCAUAGCUGAUGUAAAAUGUUCUAUAGUCAUAGCUGAUGUCAAAUGUUCUACAGUCAUAGCUGAUGUCAAAUGUUCUACAGUCAUAGCUGAUGUAAAAAAGUUCUACAGUCAUAGCUGAUGUCAAAUGUUCUACAGUCAUAGCUGAUGUCAAAUGUUCUACAGUCAUAGCUGAUGUAAAAUGUUCCACAGUCAUAGCUUAUGUAAAAUGUUCUACCUGGCAGUAUCUAAUUUGAAUCUGCCGUGAAUAAGAGUAAAUUCCCAUUCUGAGCUCAACACACACAAACACAAACGGCAUAGAGAGAGAGCAGGGAGAGGUGAGAAAGUAGGCUAUAUUAUUAUCAUAGGCUAUUGUAAAAGUGGUCAAUACUAUCACACAAUAACUGUAACGCAAAUGAAUAAGUGCCGAGUGAAAGUUUGCCCACUUGUUUUAGUAGGCCACACACGGUAUGGGUCCUACAUACAAAAUGUACCACAAAUGGAGGCCUAUCUGAAAUGUAGUCAUAUACACAACAACUGUCUUGUCAUUUUGCACACAAGAAAGCACCAGCUGUAGAUAUCCCCACGAAGACUGGUCGCCCAAGAUACGCUCAUUAAAACAACACACACUGGAAACAUCAUUCAGGACCGUGGACAGAAGGCUGCAGCCAGUCAGCUCGAUGAAAGGAUAAUGUUAGAUGUGCCGGCAGCGUCACCCCCGAGCACAACCAAUAGGCUACAUUGGUCAUUGUGCCUAUACCCGUCAAAUAACACAAAACUGUAUAUCUAUCGAUAGCAAUUAGUCCCACAAAAGCAAGGAAUCACAGAUACAUCUAAAAUAUGAAUUGAAGUAAAAAGCAAAGGCCUAACAACAAGUAGGGUUACAUGAGGGGAAACCAACGAAUGACUCAUUCAGGCACGGUAGCCAGGGUCAUAGGUUAUAGCUUACCAUUUAGACGAGUUGCAGCCUCCUCCAUGCUGUGUUGAACCUCAUGAGAAAUGUCAGAUUCCAUUCUCCUUUCCUGCCGAAAUGUACUUGUCAGCUCCCGUUCAUAUGCCAGCCGGACCAGCUAGGCUUUUCGUUGAUGUAACAUGCUGCGCCUGUGUUCACUGAGUAAGCCCUUAAGAGUGGAGAAGGAAUUUUCACACAUUGCUGUAGAUGUCCCCAAAUGUUAUUCCAAACCCAUGCUUCAGUGCCAACAGCACAGUCUGCAAUGCUGACAAAGGCCCGCCGUAUCUUUGAAGACAACUGAUUGGGGUCCAUUUGUUGUUGCUGGCUGUGGUGCCGAUUUCGUUUUGCAAGAACCAAUGAACUCUGCUUUCACUGGUUCAGUUUUGGUUAGAUCCAGUCCUCGGGAGCUAGUUACUAGUGGCUGGGGUAAUGGAGGUGCAGGUGCUUGUUGUGAUGUUACCCUCGUGGUGUUGGUGCUAGGCCCUGGCUCUCCUCAACCUCUGUGGUCAGCAGGCGGCGUGGGGGGUGGGCGGGUAUUACAUUUGCUGCUAGGCUCCUCAAUCUCGGUGGUAGGCCUAGCGGGCUGCUCGGUGAGCUUGGCAUCGCACUCGACAUGGUGGUCCUCCAUUUCUUUUUGCUUUUGGCAGUGCCUAGCCAUUUUCAGAUAUCCACGCUGAUUAGCCAGCUAUAAAUAUUCAGCUCACCGCUUCCUGACCUUAACGAAGCUAGUACCUACUAGCUAGCCUAUUAUUAGCUGUAGCUGUCUGGAAAAGUGAACAACUUUUUCUUCUCUCUUUGAGAAAAAAGAACGGUUAAUUUGACCCCGACCUGGGUGGGAUCCAAUUAGAUUCGUAAAUGAAGGUGAUGAAGACGGUAUCUUAUGACAUUGCAUGGCUAGGUGCCCAAUCACAAUGCAUUUUGGGAUUUUAACUACUAAAUAUUACAUUAUUACACCCCCCUCCUUCCCCCUCCUCAGAUCAUGAAAGCGCACCGGCAUAGCCUCUGUCCCGGUCUGCGCUACUGGCAGGCCCAACAACACUACAUUGGCAAAACCAGGCAUUGUAAUUCAUAAACCAUUCAUUAUGUUUAUGGGGAAACAAAACAGAGGGGCCACAAAUUCUGUCUGGUGACUCCACGCCCGGCUUUGUCCACCCCGUAGAGGCUCUGUCUUUCUCACGUCAUCUCUCCAUCUCCCUGUUGAGCACAACACAUCCUCACGUCAGGACAGAUUUUCCUUUUUCUCUCCAACGCCAACUUCUAAUCUCUGAAACGUGUCACCACUGACAUUUACAUCUGCUCACUUACCCACAUACAGUGCAUUCGGAAAGUAAGCAGAUCCCUUGACUUUUUCCACAUUUUGUUACGUUAGACUUCUUCUAAAAUGGAUGAGAAAAAAAAAUCCCUCUUCAAUCUACACACAAGACCCAAUAAUGACAAAGCAAGGUUGUUAGAAAAGUUAUUUCAGUUUUUAUUUGUAAUAAAUUCGCUAUCACAGUAUUCAGACCCUUCACUCAGUACUUUGUUGAAGCACCUUUGGCAGCGUUUACAGCCUCGAAUCUUCUUGGGUAUGAAACUACAAGCUUGGCACAGCAGUAUUUGGGGAGUUUCUUCCAUUCUUCUCUGCAGAUCCUCUCAAGUCCUGUCAGGUUGGAUGGGGAGCGUCGCUGCACAGCUAUUUUCAGGCCUCUCCAGAGAUGUUCGAUUGUGUUCAAGUCCGGGCUCUGGCUGGGCCACUCAAGGACAUUCAGAGACUUGUCCCGAAGCCACUCCUGUGUUGUCUUGUCUGUGUGCUUAGGGUUGUUGUACUGUUGGAAGGUGAACCUUCGCCCCAGUCUGAAGUCCUGAGCACUCUGGAGCAGGUUUUCAUCUAGGAUCUCUCUGUACUUUGUCCAUUCACCCUCGAUCCUCACUAGUCUCCCAGUCCCUGCCCCUAAAAAACAUUGCCACAGCAUGAUACUGCCACCACCAUGCUUCACCGUAGGGAUGGUGCCAGGUUUCCUCCAGACGUGACACUUGUCAUUUAGGCCAAAGAGUUCAAUCUUGGUUUCAUCAGACCAGAGAAGCUUGUUUGUCAUGGUCUGAGAUUCCUUUAGGUGCUUUUUUGCAAACUCCAAGCGAGCUGUAUUUUACUGAGGAGUUUCUUCCGUCUGGCCACUCUGCCAUAAAGGCCUGAUUGGUGGAGUUCUGCAGAGAUGGUUGUCAUUCUGGAUGGUUCUCCCAUCUCCACAGAGGAACUCUGGAACACCUCCCUGACCAAGGCCCUUCUCCCCCGAUUGCUCAGUUUGGCCUGGUGGCCUGCUCUAGGAAGAGUGUUGGUGGUUUCAAACUUCUUCACUGUGUUCUUGGGGACCUUCAAUGCUGCAGACAUUUUUUUGGUACCUUCCCCAGAUCUGUGCUUCAACACAAUCCUGUCUCGGAGCUCUACGGACAAUUCCUUCGACCUCAUGGCUUGGUCUUUGCUCUGACAUGCACUGUCAACUGUGGGACCUUAUAUAGACUGGUGUGUUCCUUUCCAAAUCAUGUCCAAUCAAUUAGAUUUACCACAAGUGGACUCCAAUCAAGUUGUAGAAAAAUCUCAAGGAUGAUGAAUGGAAACAGGAUGCACCUGAUCUCAAUUUAGAGUCUUAUAGCAAAACAGUUGUAAAUACGUUUUUUAUUUUUUUAUUUAUACAUUUGCAAAAAUGUCCAAAAACCUGUUUUCGCGUUGUAAUUAUUAUGGGACGUUGUUAAAUAAAAAUACAAUAAUUAUGUGUAGAUUGAUGAGCAAAACAAUUCAUCUAAUACAUUUUAGAAUCAGGCUGUAAUGAAGCAAAAAGUGGAAAAUAGAAGGGGUCUGAAUACUUUCCAAAUGCACCGUCCCUUCAUGCAUUCCUAUACUGUACAUCUCCCUGCGGUGACGCUCAUUUAAAAAAAAAUCAUUUUGUCACAGCUGUGACUCAUUGAACCUCAACGGCAUUGUUGAGAGAGCACUACAAGACUAAAUUCAAAGACCGAAUGAUACAUGUUUACACAGAGUGUAGGGAGAGCCGGUUUAUACAGGAUAUUCACUUCCCAUUCCCAGAUAAACAUAGACUGUGAUACACAUAUCUCCCUCCUGUACUAAUAGGCAGAUGCUGUCCAAGUCAUGUGAUUUCCCCCCAGAUGUGGUUCACCUCUAGUACAGAGAUGACGUUAGGGACGACCUGACCCGUGUCGAAUCAUUUCGGCAUUUUCACUGGCGGUUUCAGUCCGCUUGACGUGUUGUGUUGGACAUCUACGUCACAGGAAUAGCCCGUUAGACAGAUAUCAAAGAUCGUUAUCUUCCAUUGUAUUAUUGACUCACAAUGCCUGCAUGUCUGGAGAAUCUGCUGUUUCUGUUAGCUCUCUUUUGUCUCUUGUUAGUUUCAUUGUGGUCUCUUGUGGAGGAAACUACCAUUGUGGUCAGCCUGACUGCCAGUCAAGUUGAACGUUUCAGCAAGAAUGAUCCAUCUGGAGGUGCUGGGGGAGUUAGUGUGUGUGACAGGGGGCUCUAGCUGAGUCUCUACCCUCCCGCCCCCGCCCUAAAGUCAAGUAUUCUGAAAGGAAACUCCCACCCUCUUGCCCUAAACAUCCCUCUUCUUUUCCCCUCUCGUGGCUGACUUAUUCUCUCUCCGUGUCUCCUCUCGUGCAUUGGCUGUCUGUCUGAAGUCUUGACUUCAGUGAGUGGACUGACUGCUAAUGGUUGGCAUUUCCCCGUCACAGAGGACGUGUACUGGGUUGAAAAACACCAGCCUGUCGGUUGUCUUCUCUCAUCAGAGUGUUUCUGACUGGAGUGGUCGCAGCUUUCUUCCUGUCGCCAUGUGGGACUCUCACGGUCUGGCAGUACCUCAAAUGUUCUGAAGCCUCCCCUCAGGCUGACUGAAUGGAAAUCUCCUGUGCAUGAGGGUUACGGAAGGAGACAGAAGUUCUUGCCCCACUGUGGAGAAUCGUUGUCGACAACAAGCGAAGUCCCACAACUGGCAGGAACGACUCCAGUUUGGACCUGAACAAAGAUGGAGAAACAGAUGGAUAAAACAAACUUUACUUGCGUGACAAUCUCUCAAAGCCCUAUCAGUGACUUCCUGAUGGGCAUCUACAUCCUGGCCUUCAUCCUGGGCUUGGCCUUUAACCUCUUGACCCUUGGCCCCAUCGUCCAGCAGGUCCGCAGCCAGAACGUCCUUGGGGUAUUCCUGCUCAACCUGUCCCUGUCUGACAUACUCUAUAUCCUCACCAUGCCUCUCUGGAUCAACUACUACCACCAGGACCACCACUGGAGCCUGGGCAGCCUCUCCUGCAGCGUGGCUGGCUUCUUCUACUACUCCAACAUGUACCUUAGCAUCUACCUGCUGUGCUGCAUCUCUGUGGACCGCUGCCUGGCCGUCACCUACCCCCUGAGGACCAAGGCCUUCCGCAGCAUACGCUACGCCUGGGUGCUGUGUCUGGUUGUGUGCGUGGCUGUCAUGUCCGCACACGGCCUGGUGCUGUUCAAGGACAACCUGCAGGACGCCCACGACGACACGCAGGACCGCUGCUACGAGACCUACCCCAUGCCAAAGCCCGUGGCCCUGUUCAACCUGCUGCGGGUGGGCAUUGGCUUCCUGCUGCCCCUGCUGGUGCUGGGGCUCUGUUACUGGAGAAUCCUGGGCCAGGUGAAGCAGAGCGAGGGGCUGGGGGAGCAGGUUAAGAGGAAGGUACGGCUGCUCUCCUUCGGGGUGAUGGGGAUCUUCUCUGUGUGCUUCGCCCCCUACCACCUCCUCCUGCUGACCCGUUCACUGGCCUACUACUAUAUGGGCGAACAGAGGUACUGUGAGUUUGAGGAGAUCAUGCACUUCCCCUUCUCGUGCACGCUGGCCCUGUCCAGCCUGAACAGUGUGGUGGACCCAGUGCUGUAUGUGCUGAUCAGUAACGGGGUGAGGGAGGACAUGAGACUGUGCUGCUGUGGGAAUAGAAAGAGUCAAAGGGAGAGAGACAGUUCCGUCAUCGCAGUAACAUGGAAGACACAUACAAACAUGAUCUGAUUACAUACAGUGUUUGUGUGCAGGGUUGGGUGGGUUACUUUCUAAAUGUAAUCAAUUACAGUUACUAGUUACCUGUCUAAAAUUGUAAUCAGUAACGUAACUUUUGAAUUACCCAAACUCCCUUUCUGUUACUUUUGGAUUACUUUCCCUUUAAGAGGCAUUAGAAGAAGACCAAAAGGAUCCAUCAAACGCAUUUGGUGUGUCUUCAUAGUGAUCCCUGACUCGCUCAGGUGGAACAAACGGAUGCUUUUUCAAUACUGAAUUGAAUACCAUUGAGAAAACAACAUCCUUUCUGAAUUUAGAAAUAAUUUAAGAAGUAAUCAUCUAGUUUUUCAAAAGUAUCUGUAAUCUGAUUACAAUAUUCUUGCUGGUAACGUAAUUGAAUAAAGUUUUUUUUUUUUGUAAUCAGAUUACAUGUAACGUGUCUGUUGUAUUUAUGCCCUUCCUCUACUGCAGUAAAUCCCUUCCGUGCACAUUGUAGAAAAAGGACAGCAGGUUUGGCUGUGGGACUUCAAUAACAUGUUCUUUCAUAUCAACCCACUUCCAUGGACAAUCAGUCAAUCAGGUUGUCCUUAAAAUGUUCAAAGAAAAGGACUGCAGCCUUUGUGUAGUUUUUCUAAUAUCCUGCUUGGUGAUGAGGAUGGAUAUUCAUUCAUAUGCAUCAUGUUCUUUUUAAUUGGAGCUUUCUCUUAAUGCCUGUCUUCAUUGGUAUGGAAAAUCCUUUCAAAGGCUGUCUGUUCUGGCUUUAUGUUACAGGGUCGUUCCGCUUGAAGGGCCCUUGUAUCUCUUCAGGUCUGCCAGAGGUUUUUGUUGAUAUACACUUGGUUUACAAAUGAACCUUUUAUAUUCUAAUUUGCCUGCUUUGUGGACCGACAAAUGAGAACAUUGUUCAAUUUCGUAUUUAUCCUAAACAAAAUCUAUGUAGUAAACAAUGCUGGUGUUGAAAUCCCAGAAAAUACAGUAUGGGACAAUGAAGACCUGUUGACAAUGUUAAUCCAAUAAACAAAAAAGGAAGCUA